AUGGCGGGGAGUUUACUGACAGUCUUAGGUGAAGAUCUGUGUACUAAGGUACAAAAUGCCAAGAUCUUGGUCGUCGGUGCUGGUGGGAUUGGCUGCGAAUUGCUCAAGAACUUGGUCCUUAGCGGGUUUAUUAAUAUCCACUUGAUUGAUCUCGAUACCAUUGAUGUAUCAAACUUGAAUCGUCAAUUUCUCUUUCGCUCCCGUCACGUGGGUCAGUCCAAGGCCUUAGUAGCGAAGGAAAUUGCUAUGAGUUUCAACUCGAAAGCCAACAUCACUGCACAUCACGGCAAUAUCAAGAACAGCCAGUUUGGUCGUGAAUACUUCCAGCAGUUUGCACUUGUGCUUAAUGCGCUGGACAAUGUGGAUGCUCGUAAACAUGUAAAUCGUCUGUGUUUAGCGACCAACACGCCGCUUAUCGAGAGCGGUACGACUGGCUAUUUGGGACAGGUCUCGGUCAUUAAGAAGGGCGAGACUGAGUGCUACGAGUGCACACCAAAAGUCUCACAGAAGCAGUACCCAAUCUGUACAAUCCGUAGCACUCCUGAUAAGAUGGUGCAUUGUAUUGUGUGGGCCAAGGAGUGCUACAAGCUGCUUUUUGGCAAGGCAGAGGACUCGAUGUUGUGGGAAGAUCCGACUAACGAGGAGAAGUCGGCUUUCAUGGAUCUUGUCACACGCUCAUCAGAUAUAAACCUUGAUGAUGUGAUCAAGCUGCAGGAGUAUGCGUGCAACGUUUUUCGUGGCCUCUUUGACUUUGAGAUCAAAAAGAGGCUUGAGAUGAAGACGUACAAGACUGCUUCCAAACGUCCACAACCAUUAGUGCUGGAGGAAAUUGUUGGUGCUAACAUUGCAGAGGCAAUUUGUCUCAACGAAGCAGCUAAUAAGCAGGCAGACAAUGGGAAGGUCUGGAACGAUCGCAAAGUGUGGAGCGUCUCUGAGUGCGUGACGCGUUUUGUUUCGUGCAUCACCCGUAUCCUUGGAAAUAAGCUGACUCGUGCCAACUUGGGCAGCUAUGACUUCGACAAGGACGACGCCAUCGCCAUGGAGUUUGUUGCCGCGGCUGCUAAUUUGCGCGCAUCUGUGUUUUCCAUUUCUAUGGAGUCGCUUUACAGCUGCAAGGGUAUUGCUGGUAACAUCAUUCCAGCCAUUGCCACUACGAACGCCAUUGUAGCAGGUUUUCAGGUGCUGGAGGCUUUUCGAAUCCUGCAAGCUGCCAAACCGGUGGGAGAAGCAUGCAUGUACACGCACUGUAACCGCUCGUGGAAUUGUCGUGGUGUGCUGAUUCAGCCUAGUGCACUUGAAAAGCCCAAUCCGCAGUGCUACGUAUGCUCAAAACAUACAGUCGAGUUGGCCGUUGAUACGAACCGCAUGUUGCUGCGUGACUUGGUCGACCAGGUACUGAAGAAAAAGCUAGGCGUAAAUGAGCCUACAAUUUCGAUUGGCGCUAAUACGAUCUAUGAAGAAGGCGAGGAUGCUGAAACGAGUCUGGCUGUCAACUUGGAGAAGAAGCUCGCAGAUCUGCCUGGCAAAGGUAUCCACCACGAAACCACAGUUUCCAUUGAAGAUUUCUCGCAGGAUUUUCGUUGCAACAUUCGUGUCUUGCAUCGUGAUGAGGAAGAGUUUGGUGAAGACGCAACAGAACUAUUUGCAUUGGGUGGCGACGUUGCUAAAUUGGCGGCGGAUUUGAAGAUGGAGGAGGCCAAGCAAGCGUCACUUAAGUUGACUGCUCAGGAUGAAACGGACGAUGGCGAUGAAGACUUUAUGGAAAUGGUCGACGCAGUGAAUAUGGUGUCGCAUAAGCGCAGUAGGUCACAGGACAAAGUUACGGAAGAUGGUCCGACUUUAAGCAAGAAGGUUAAGUCGGACAUGGUGGUGAAUCUACCGUAG